AUGGCUUCUACUCAGGAUUUCCAGCCAUCCUUCGAUUACAUCAAGGCCCAGGAACAACUCUUCCUUGAAACCAGAUCGUUAUCCCAUGCUCGUUCCAGAUCGGCCAUGUCGGAAACCACCGAGAUCAUCGACUCAGACUACGAUACAGAUUCAAGAAACGCAACGUCCGAUAGCUCGCCCUACAGAAGUGCUGACUCGCUCGUGGCAGAGAGUGUUACCACCCUGUCAACCCUGGACGAUAUCAAAACCCCCGACUCAACCGGCCUUACCGCAUUCCAUUUCCACCUCGAUGACAGUCCUAUCAAGGGUCCUCAGGGCCCGCAUCUCUUUCGAACUUCUGAGGACUCUCUUUCCAGAUAUCAGCCCACACCUGAGUGGACGGAAGAAAAGGCACCCGAUAGCGCGAUAGCCACGCAGUUUUAUACUGGCUUCAAGACAGUGCCAUUUAGAACCGAACAAGAGCGAAAAGAUACCCCGGUCCCCAUUGCCACUACGCAAACACCUCCGCCGCCUCCACCUGCUCCGGCACGUCCUGCAUCUAGAAUCGGUGUUGCUAACUGGUCACCCAACGAGGUGGUCAGCUGGAUGCAAGGUCUGGGGUUCGAGGACUCCAUCAUCGAAAAGUUCUUCAUUAAUGAUAUUACUGGUCCAAUCCUGCUUGAACUCCAGAUUGACGAUCUCAAAGAGCUUGAGAUAUCUUCAUUCGGGAAGAGGCAUCAGUUGAUGGCCUGUAUUCGCCAGCUCCGACGAGCCUACUACUCAAGCACUCCCCAAUCCUGCUGCUCAGGAAUGUCUACACCAGAUCCUACUCAUCGACAAAAUACGCGGACACCUCAAACUACUGCUGCCGAGGUGGGUGCUGACUGCACCAGCCCCAUGGUCGAAUGUGAUGCUCCGAGGUCUCGAUCAGACUCACGAUCUUCAAGCCAGCACCAGCACCGGCAGCACAGUCGUCAAAAGCGUGGUCGCCAUGGCACAGAAAUCGCACCUCAGGAUUCAGUAUCCAUUGUGGCUAUCGAACAGCUGCUUCCUAAGCUGCAUGUGUGCUCCAAGGGCGAGAAUUGUCGCAAGUGGCAAAGGCAGCAGGCUAAGAUCGCUCGUUUGCUGAAGGACCUUCAACUGGAAGGCCUUGGAGGUUCUGUUCUCGUUACCAAUGAUCCAGCGAGCGUUGCCCAUGCACACUCUGUGGCAAAAACGCCCAAGAUGGAAUCAAGACCACAAGUACAGGAAGUCAAACCCAAACUAGAGGUCAAACCGCCUAUGCCGGAGUUCAAGUCAGCUAAGCCCGAGUUGAGGUCGCCCAAGUCAGACGCGAAGACUCCCAAGUCCGAGAUGACUCCUUCUCUUGUUGCUUCGUCGGAUAUCAUGGGAGCAACCCAGAAAGGCGAUAUUCACCUAUCUCAGGAACGGCUUAAUGAUGUGCAAUCACGAGACCCGCAAGAGAAUGUGCGAAACUUCCUCAACUUCCAACGGCUCAGUGCUCUUCAGCCGGUUACAGACCCUGCCACUCCUCCUGCAGAGCAUGAUGCAUCCAUGGAGAACUCACCUACUACUUCACAAAAAGGAACUCCAACUCUGGCGGAAAAUCUCCGCCACCUUCCAAAGCUGCGGAUACCCAGCCUUCAAGCCCCGACCGAAACCACUUUCUCUCCAGGCUACUCAGCGCAGCGUACUAUUACCCCCUCUGUCCUCCGCAAGUCACGGCAGUUUCCCACUAUUAACCGAAAGGAGUCACCGAACCCGCACAGCGGCCUCCUAUCGCCCUCGGACUUCUAUCGUGGUGACCCUCACUACGCGCAGCGCACCCCGCUGUCCAGCGGUGACGCACCCUUGACAGCCAUCCACAUCGGUCCGAUAGAGCGAGGUUUCUCUCAAUCUGUACCACCAGAUAUGCGAUUUGGGAAUCAGGCCGAUGACGCCCGUCCGGCUUCGAGGACGGAGAACCACCGUCGACUGCACUCUGCUGUCAAUGGGCCAUCUUUCAGGCCCAUGGUUCCUGUCGUGGAGCGCUCACCGCUGCCGCCAAUUGAUACUCUCGAAGACCUCGAGAAUACCCCUCGAGCACCGCAUUGCAGGAAUAACCCUUUCAGCCCCAACUCUGCACAUGCGAAUGACAUCAUCCACAACGGUUGGAUGAAGAAGCGGAAAACCUCUAAGCUCAUCCGCCACGAAUGGGAAGAGAAUCACUUCACCCUUCGAGGCACUCAUCUGUGCAUGUAUCCAGAUGAGCAGGCCGCUCUUCGGGACUCCAAAGCAUUGGAGCGUAUUGAUGUAGAUGAUUAUGCCGUGGCGUGUUCUUCACUGCGAUCCACCUCUAGAUUGACCAACGCUUUCAAAAAGACCGUCCUGAAGCGCGUCAAUAACAACCAGGAACCAGGGGCGUUUGCCUUUUCCCUCAUCCCUGCCUCGAAUACCGACCGCAAGCAUUUCUUGCCAGGCGGGCCCAAAUCACACCAUUUCUCCGUCGAGACGCAGCAGGAGCGCAUCGACUGGAUGAGAGAGCUGAUGCUCGCAAAAGCUCUCCGACGAGGCCGAGAAGGCGGCGAUUCUGUCAACCUCAAUGGCCAGCCUUUCUAG